UCUCCACUUGCGCAACUUCCAAAUUUCCAAAGCCAUGCCUAUAAGAGAGCAGCUGCUAAACUACUGGGACCAAUACACAUCUUAAUCUCUAAGACUCACUAACUACUGAAAUGGCAGACAAGAACUUGUCACUGGUAGAAAGCUUCUCUGAGAGCGACAGUGCGUUUGAGUCUGACGGGACAGAUUUUGAUGAACUGGAUUGCUCUGACCCUUUGGCCAUGAGUGGCAGAUGUGACUUGCACAAAGGGCUCCGGAUUGAGAUUUCUGAGCAUCCUCACAGUAUGAGACAAGUGGCAAACAUCAUAAUUGCCCUGCACAAGAUCAAGCACACUCAGAAAGUCCAGUCCACAGAAUUCACCGACCAUGCGCUAUUCAACAUCGUCAUGGAGAGCAUAGUUGAGGAGAGUGUGGUUAUGAAGGUGAAUUGUGAAUCUUUGAGGACUUACAAGCAAGGUAGAGUCAUCCAGUGCACCGUGUGUGACGGCUUAAAGAAGAGCCUGGUGCGGAGCCAAGGUGCUCCCAGCCUGCUAGCAGUCACCCUAAAGGGUGGCAACAGCAGCCAAAGUGUGUGCAUGAACCUAUCGACCUACACCACCCCAGGGUGCAAAGCCACAAACGGCCAGCCAAUAUGUUUGAGGAUUGCUCAGAGCAACCUGUAUCUCGCAUGCACAAAGGAGUCUGGAACCUCCUCUCAGCCUCAUCUCAUCCUAGAGGACGUGAAGGACGAAGAGACUCUGAAGACCAUUGAGGAGAAUGAUGACAUGGAGCGUUUCCUCUUCUUCCGAAAAGUUACUGGAGACUCGAUUAACACCUUUGAAUCAGUGAAGUACCCUCACUGGUUCAUUAGCACCUCUAAGAAUGAGUCUAUGCCAGUGGAUAUGUGUGUUGAGGAGGACACCAGCCGUCAAAAAGUCUUUUCACUCCGAGAUCAAAAAGUAAUCUAAGAAUCAGAUUUGAUUCACGAUACUAGUUUUCCAGAAUGUAUGUACUAAGUACAGUUCUAAAUCUGGAAGCUUGUGUUAUGUUUGAGUAAGUCUCAGUUAGAGAGUCCUGACCAACGAUCAUACGUCUUUACACAAGAAAUUUAUUUCAUAAUUAAAUGUAAACUGGAAAAAGGCUGGUGUAGAAAUGUCUGAGAUGUCUAGUGUUAUUUAUAUUUUUUAUUAUUUAUUUCAGGAAAUCAAUGGUCCACAUAACUUAAUUUAUAUAAAAUUAUUUUUCCUGUACCAUUCGUUUAGUGUUUAUUUUUAAUUAUUUUCUAUAUUUAUUGUUUUAUUUAAAUUUGCCUGUGUGCGUGUCAACAUGUAAAGUUGGUAAAUUGUAUUUAUUACUGUUGUAUUUAUCUUGAAAUAAUUAUGUUGCAAAACCUGAGAACUUGUAGGACCUAAUCUGAGAAUUUAAAAUCUGUAUUUGUAUUUUCGAUCUGAGAACUUGUAAAAUAAAAUCUGAACUUGCAUAUAAAAAUUUGCACUGAUAGAAAAUAUCCUCACAACUGUUCAGAGAAAAAGUCAUAAAUGUAUAAAUGAAUACUAAGAUAAAUACAAAUAUCUUUAUUUGUACACAAAUUCAUUUUUUGGUCCGCACAACUUCAAAUCUGCUCGCCUCGACUUUUGAAACACUUCUCUUAGUAGACUUGUUGCAAAACUGAGUUGUGCACUUGUAGCUGAUUCACUGAGGUGGCAGAUCUUGGAAAGGGGUGGGGAAGUGGGGAUGAGACGUUAUUCAUGACCAAUCAAAGGAGCUUAUUUUAAAGCGCCAAAAUAAAUAAAUAAAUAAAUAAAAUAAAAAUAAAAAAAAUAAAAAAAUAAAAACUCUUGGAUGCUGAUGCGCAGGAAAACGAGCUUUCAUCUGUCUUGGUCAACAAUGGCAUACCAAAAA